CUUGUCCGGACCGCCGCAUCAUCACAUCAUUAUCAUCCUUUUGUGAUCCUCAUUGGCCUUAGCCCAUAUGGCCGGGGGCAACCCUCCCUCAUGGCAUGAAUUGUCCCACUUUCUAGCAUCCCCUCCUCCACCUCCCCCUCCCUAUCUAGGAGCCCUUCCUCGUCCUCCCUCUUCCCUCUCUGCCCUCAGCUUCGACACUUCAUCCGAUCUCCUCUUCACCGCCACCUCAUCAGGAGCCGUACAGAGCUGGUACGGACCUAGUCUCGCCCGAUAUACCGCAUGGAAGGCAAACGUCUCUCUCACGUCGCCCCUCUACCAUGACAACGAGGAACAGAGAAGACUGCGAGUCAGCUGGAAAAAGGCGCAACCUUUGCCCCCGCCUCAACUCUCAGGACCAGCACCACCCGGCACUGUAGCAGGAGGCAAUGGCAUACGCGAAGUCUACAAUGAAGGAGGCAACGUCUUCUCCAUCAGCCCAUUUGGGCUUCACUGUGCCAAUCGCAGAGGCUUGGCUAGGUGGACCAAAGAUGUCGCUGCAAUGGGUCACUCGUCCCUCAGCCUCUCGUCCAUCUCGCCAUCGCCUGUCGUCUCGUCAUCUGACGUCGUUGUAUGCGGUUCAUCACCAUCACCCUCUGAUCAGCAAGUCAUAUCGCUCAAUCGUCACGUCGGCGCAGUGGUACGCAAAGUUGCCGCAGGGGGACCACUCCUCCAAGUCAGACGGUCACAGCGAUACCUCCUCACAUCGACGCCAGGUGGGCAUAUUCAGCUCAGAGAUCCUCGCUCUCUCGAAACGGAACACAAGCUGCAUGCUCAUCCAGGAGGUGUCAUCGAUAUGAAGGCCCAUGGCAGUCUCGUCUGGAGCGUAGGGUGGACGAUGCGUUUAGGUCAUCCCGUCCCAGAACCUCUCAUCAAGGUCCAUGAUCUUCGCAACCUACGAGCUCUGGUUCCCGUACCAUUUGCCGCCCCAGGCGGCCCUGCUCUCCUGGACAUCCAUCCUCGCAUCAGCUCUACAGUCGUCGUAGCCGCUCCUCAAGGAUCAUGGCAAGUCGUCGACAUGAACAAUCCCGGCGAGGCUGCCUUCUUCCAGCUCAAUACCAAUUCGAUGAUCACGUCGCUGUCCUUCUCCCCAAGCGCAGAGUAUAUCGCCUUCGGAGAGUCGGAUGGGUCGGUACGCCUCUGGGCAUCUGCAGAAGCCAUGUCGGCUCUCAAUCACCCAGAGUCUGCCGCAAACGCUCCCCGAUUCAACCCCUUUGCUACGGAACCUCCUGAAGUUGCCGAUCCUCCAGAACGAUUGCCACGCAUCGACUGGACUGCGGACACGCCUCUUUCGACGAUUGGAAUGCCCUACUAUGAGGAUACGCUCAGCUCCGUCUUCCCCUUCGACAGAUACGUAGCCGAGUCCUCCCCCCUCUUCAACCCGAUGCCAAAGGUCGAUCCGACUAUGUUCCACUCCGUCAGGCAGAUCGAUGGCCUGCACUUCGCUCCGCUGCCCCGUCAAUUGCGGGGCAAACGCAACGUCGUCAAGGUCACAGGCAGAGGCUUGCCGAGUGCUCCCGGCAGAGGCGGUGCUCGCAGUGGGGCAGGCGCAGGGUCAGCAGGAGGGUCGAGCAAGACUCUCUUUCGCAGCGAAAAGGAGAAAGAGCGUAUCAAGAAGACGAGAGCUGCGGCCUUGUCUGGCGAAGACGUCGGCGGAGAGUCGACGAGCGAUGAUGGUGGUGACGAGGAGGACGAUGGCGGCAGUCUCAACGGCGAUGCAGGGGCGGGUCCGCCGGGCUAUUGGCGCAAGAAGAAUAUUCUUUACAGCAAGUUCGGCGUUGAGGACUUUGAUUUCGACGUCUACAAUCGAACGAAGCACUCUGGUCUUGAGACGCAUAUCCCAAAUUGCUACCUCAACUCUCUGCUGCAGUGCUUUUUCCAUCUCGAUCCGCUCAGGAAGCUGGCAGAGAUUCAUACCAUGUCGGGCGGCAGCGGCAGGUGUGAAAGGGAAGAUUGUCUUCUAUGUGAGGCAGGCUUCCUCUUCAAGAUGCUCGAGGACGCUGCGGGCGCCAAUUGUCAGGCGACCAACUUCCUGCGAUCUUUUGCGAAGAGCCACAGAGCCGUCUCUCUGGCUCUGAUCGACGACGAAGGCCGACCUAAAGCCGAUGCUGCGUACGCCAACCUCGUUCAGCAUGCUAAUCGCUUCCUCCUUGACACCCUGGCCUCCUCGUGGGCAGAGAUGGCCGUCCGAGCGUGGGCUCACGAGGCUCAGAUUGGCGCGCCGAGGAAAGAGAUGCUGGAGAACGUCUUUGCGCCAACGAUCAAGGUGAAGAACCGCUGCUUCAUUUGCCACCAUGAGGUCGUUCGCGAUUACAAGGGCCUCGUCGUCGACCUCAUCUACCCACGUAAGUCGCUCUCGAAUGAGCCUACGGCGCCAUCCGACUUUGCCUCGGUGCUCGCCGCUUCGUUGACGCGUGAAUCGUCUGCCAAGGGCUCUUGUCGAGGUUGCGGCAACCAUGCCGCCUCAAUUCAGACGAGGAGGACCUUGCCGCCCACUUCGCACCUGCCACCGGUCCUCAGCAUAAAUGCUAACAUCCUCACGGCAGAGCAAAUGGGCAUCUGGGUCGACAAGCCUCCACCACCGACUUCGGCCGCUGCUGCAGCAGCUGCCGCUGCCUCGCCCUCUAGCAGCAGCAGACGAGGAGCGUCGCACCCUGGCAGAUCAUCCCGCAGUAGAUACCUACCAUCCCGCAUUUCCAUUGUUAGCGGCGGUAGAGAUGGGGAGAAGGCCGUUGUGCGCGAUCUUGCCGACGGGGAGCGUGCGACUGAAGGCGCAGCAAUCUACCGCCUCAAGUCGAUGACAAUGCAAGUACAAGCACCCAAGGAUCCUGCUCAUCUAGUCUCUGUCGUUCGAAAGGGCGACAAUGGCGAAAGCGAAUGGUUCCUCUUCAACGACUUCCUCGUUCGACCUGUGCCUGAGAGCGAAGCACUCGGCUUUCCCGCCUCGAUGUGGAAGAUCCCUGCCGUCGUCUACUUUGAGCGCAUCGACCACCAGCCAGUCGACAUCGGCUCCAUUCCGUGGCAAGUGGACAAGGAGAUUCUCACGCAAGAUCUCUGCAUCACCGAAAGACGAGACCCAGAGUUGGUCCGGCAUAGCCCUCUUACGCCAGAUUGCCUUCCAUCUGCGGGCGACUUGGUUGCCAUCGAUGCUGAAUUCAUCGCUUUGAAUCCCGAAGAGCUCGAAAUCAGCUCGAACGGCACACGCUCCCUGGUACGACCGAGCACCAUGUCUCUCGCCCGCGUCUCGGUCCUGCAUGGUCAAGGCGACGCGGAGGGACAAACCUUCAUUGACGACCACAUUGCAACGACGGCCAAGGUGUUCGACUACCUGACGCAGUUUUCAGGCAUUGUCGAUGGGGAUCUGGAUCCCGCCAGAUCAAAGCAUACCGUUGUGCCGCAGAAGCUCGCCUACAAGAAGCUGCGUCUUCUGGUCGAUAUGGGCUGCAUCUUCAUCGGUCAUGGGCUCAAGAAGGACUUCCGCAUCAUCAACAUCCACGUCCCACCCCGCCAGGUCAUCGAUACAGUCGACCUCUUCUCGUCCACCUCGCAGGCGCGUAAGCUCUCUCUGCGCUUUCUGAGUUGGUUCCUCCUCAAGGAGGCCAUACAGGCUGACCGUACAGGGGAGGAGGAAGCGCUCGUGUCGGGCCACGACUCGAUUGAAGAUGCUAGGGCUGCCUUGCACUUGUUCCGCAUCUAUGAGACAUUCAAGAUGAGUGGGAGGUUGGAGGAUGUGAUGGAGGACCUGUACGAGGAGGGCAAGAGGCUCAACUGGAGGCCACCGGCGAAUGCGGGGCAGCAGCAGCAGCAGCAGGGCGCUUCGGCCGCUGUAGCUGCCGCGGCAGGGGCGGCUGCCAGUGCGGUGGGUGCGCCGUCGUGAACGGCAAAGCAAUGCAAACAUCAUG